CGUGCCAUCUGGCUAGGUUCCCUCCUCUUGGGACGCCCGCCCGACUCCCGAACCGUCUCCAAUUGGCGGAACGGAAGCCGAAGUAGAGCAGUCAACCCGGAAGUGCUUCGCGGCGGAGGCCGGGGCGACUCUUUUGAAUGGAAUCGGGCUGAUUCAUCGCGGGUUUGCGAAGCCAGAGCCAGGCCCAGUCUGAGCCGCUGCCGCUGCCACCGCCGCCGCCACCACCUCCGACGCGUCAUUGCAGCGGCAAGAUAAGGAUCCAGACCGCGCUUUCCUGCCUCCCCCCCCCCGCCCGCUGCCCACCUUCAGGAGAGAGAGCUAAAAUCAUACUUGGGAAGAAUUAUACCUGCCAAAAUUAGCAAGAGCUUGAGCUCAGAAGAAAUUUGUCGAACUCAACAAAUUGAAAUAUAACAGCCCAACAAUUGUAGUUAACUUACCAGAAAUAUGGACAGACUUCUUAGACUUGGAGGAGGUAUGCCUGGAUUGGGCCAGGGGCCACCUACAGAUGCUCCUGCAGUGGACACAGCAGAACAGGUCUAUAUCUCUUCCCUGGCACUGUUAAAAAUGUUAAAACAUGGUCGUGCUGGAGUUCCAAUGGAAGUUAUGGGUCUGAUGCUUGGAGAAUUUGUUGAUGAUUACACCGUCAGAGUGAUUGAUGUGUUUGCUAUGCCACAGUCAGGAACAGGUGUCAGUGUGGAGGCAGUUGAUCCAGUAUUCCAAGCCAAAAUGUUGGAUAUGUUGAAGCAGACAGGAAGGCCUGAGAUGGUUGUUGGUUGGUAUCACAGUCACCCUGGCUUUGGCUGUUGGCUUUCUGGUGUGGAUAUCAACACUCAGCAGAGCUUUGAAGCCUUGUCGGAGAGAGCCGUAGCUGUGGUUGUGGAUCCCAUUCAGAGUGUAAAAGGAAAGGUUGUUAUUGAUGCCUUCAGAUUGAUCAAUGCCAAUAUGAUGGUCUUAGGACAUGAACCAAGACAAACAACUUCAAAUCUGGGUCACUUAAACAAGCCAUCUAUCCAGGCAUUAAUUCAUGGACUAAACAGACAUUAUUACUCCAUUACUAUUAACUAUCGGAAAAAUGAACUGGAACAGAAGAUGUUGUUAAAUUUACAUAAGAAGAGUUGGAUGGAAGGUUUGACACUUCAGGACUACAGUGAACAUUGUAAACACAAUGAAUCAGUGGUAAAAGAAAUGUUGGAGUUAGCCAAGAAUUACAAUAAGGCUGUAGAAGAAGAAGAUAAGAUGACACCUGAACAGCUGGCAAUAAAGAAUGUUGGCAAGCAGGAUCCCAAACGUCAUUUGGAGGAACAUGUGGAUGUACUUAUGACUUCAAAUAUUGUCCAGUGUUUAGCAGCUAUGUUGGAUACUGUUGUAUUUAAAUAAAGCAACACAAAAACCUAUUAGUGAUACUUUUGGUGUAUAUUACUCUGUUGUUCCGAAUGCUCAAAAUCAAGGGACCUCUGAAGGUGUAUUUGGUUAAAUGUAAGACAUCUGGCAUCGUUUGCAGCACUGUAACACCUUUAGUCUCAGUUGUGCAAUUACUUCUAUUUCUUUAGUCAGGGUCUUUGCAGAUUCCAAAGUUGUACAAGAACACAUCAAAGUGGACAAAUUUUGUUACAUUUCCAUUUACUAUUUGAAGAAAUCAGUAGCACAAAUAUAUUUUGAUUGUUGCUUACAAAAUAAAAUACGUUUACAAUCUA